GAAAGCGAAAGCAAAUUGCGCCUUGUGGCGUCUUGCUUUGCGGACCCCUUCCGAACAUGUGCGCUUGGCGAACUUUUCGUCCCCUCAGUGCUGGACUGCAUUACCGUCCUGCCUCCGCGUUGGUGGUGGCAAGCUAUGUCGGAGCAAGGGAGCAGAAGGAGAGCAAAUGCUGGAGCCUUUGGGGUAGCUAUGAUGUCGGCGUUUUGGCGGGAAAAGAAGGCAGCCUGCUCUCGAGCUUGCCAUUGAAGGAGAAAGCUGUCAUUCCCGACCAGGUUGACAUGGUGAUCUUCCAUGGGAACUGUCCAGAUGGCUUCGCCGCAGCCUUUGCUGCAUAUCUUCGUCGAGGAAAAGACUGUGAGUACGUCGGCAUUGGCCACGGCAACAAGCGGUUGCCGGCCAAUGUAGAUGGGAAGACUAUAGCCAUCGUGGAUUUCUCUUUUGACAAAGACACGAUGGAGGAGCUUCGGCGAAGAGCCAAGGGUGUGAUUGUGCUGGAUCACCAUGCUAGCGCGCAAGAAGCACUUGCCACCUUCCCCGAAGAGAACAAGGUCUUUGAAAUGAAGAUGUCGGGAGCAACCCUUUCCUGGGACUUCUUCCAUGGGCAGUUUACAAAGCAGAGCUGCCCAUUACUCUUCCGCUACAUCGAGGAUAAGGACAUUUGGCGCUGGACCAUGAAACGCUCCAAGGAGUUCUCAGCAGCUCAGGAGCUGGAGUUGCCGAUCCCUGCGCCGGGCCUUCUCGAGGAUCCUGACCUGGCCUUUAAGCCGUGGAUGCAGAUUUACAAGGGCGGAGAGCGAGGUUUGGACGCGAUGUUAACUCGGGGCACCAGCAUUGUUGCCUAUCAAGAUUCCUUGAUCAAGGCACAGGCUCGCUCAGCGAAAGUAAGACGACUUAAAGCUGUUCCUGACCAAAAGGCCUUUGUUGUCAAUGCGACAGUCUUGCCUUCCGAGCUAGGCAACGAGCUGGCAAAGAGAGGUGUUGAGGAAGGCGUGAGCUAUGUCAUGUGUGUGAAGUACUUGCCUGGCUUCAAGCCAGGAGAAGGUUCCUGGAGCAUCUCUUUGCGAAGUCUUUUUGGCUCGAACGACGCGGCUGCGGAUGUUUCCGAGAUAGCCAGGAAGUUUGGUGGCGGUGGCCAUCGGGCUGCGUCUGGCUGCGCAGUUCGGGUCAGCAAUUUGGAGGAAUUGUUUGUCACUGACUGAAACUCUGGCAUUUGGCCUUCAGCUUUGAGCCCCAGCCGGCCACAAUACCAACAAGGGAGCCUUUGUUUGCUUUCUGUGUUGUAAGUAGCUGGCUUCUAGAUUCUAGGCUCCAGAAGCCAGCUCUCCAAGCCUCAGAUUGCAGAAGAAUAAUGAAAAAGAAAGUGCGGACAGUUCAAAACGGUUCAAGACUUCUUCCAGAAACAUCAUGAAUCAUCGGCACUGGCAGAUGGACUGGUGACUAGCCUGUGAUGUUUGGA